AUGGACUGUGCGGAAAGCAAGGCGAGGGUUUGUUUCUUCGGUCAACCACCAGAGCUGGAUGCUGCAGACAUGCACCAAUGGAUGGCACAGUUCAUGGAGUUAGUACCGAAAGGAUGCCCGAGACACUGCAGUGAUGAUACUGCAAAUGUAGAUAGUUGUCAGCGACUGGGUCUUGAAGACGGCACCAUUCCUGAUGAGCGUAUCAGAGCAUCAAGUGAGGGUCACUUUAAUCCUGCCGCCGUGGGACGACUGAAUGGCCCGUCGUAUUGGAGUCCAAAAUACUGUGAUCUUGUCAGCUCGUCCUGUUGGAUUGAGGUGGAUCUCCUCCAAACGACUAGGGUUUCUGGCGUCAUCACACAUGGAAAUAAACUAACCUGGGCCUCAUAUCUUGUGACAGAAUUUCAGGUGUCCUACAAGCCUACACCUUCAUCUAACUACGAGUACAUCAAGGAAAACAACGGUGAUAUCAAGUUGUUUGAUGGCGGGGAUGUCAUCUCUGCUUCUACCCCACACACUAACUACUUCAACCUGGCCGUCAUGGCGUCUACCGUUCGCAUUUACCUUACUGUAUACAUUGGUAAACGUGCGCUUCGGUUUGAGUUGAUUCAAUGUCCGAUGGAUUAAUUCCAUGUGGAUUGAUAUUCAUUAUAGAAAAGAU